AUGACGUACACUAAUUGGGAAACGCACAUCUUGCCGUCGCUCUCACUUUUUAGAUGGUAUAAACUGAGUGAUGUUGUCGAUUAUUUACACAAUAUAAGAGACACCGUCAUUCUUUUUGAAAACAGGCCAGAUGCAAAAAGUAUUCAGAAGCCUGUGCAUUACCCCUUACCAGCCUCCUUAAACCAGCGUUUUCCAGAACAUGAAAUUUAUCUCUGCGAAGGGAUUGGAGAUUGGCACCUUAAAUUGGAUCUUUUAAGAUUGCUUUCAGCCAAGCUGUUCAAUAAAAUCUAUAACAACAAUAGCAUUGAGAAUGAAAAUGAUAGCUUAUUCAACUCAACAGGCCAUAUUGAGAUAUGUAUCUUGAAAGUAUCUAAUCAACUACUACAAUUAAUCGAACAAAGAACAGAUCUCAUAACCCGUAGUAAAUUUGAGUUGCGUUACAACUUGUUAUGGGAAACUGACUUUCAUGAUGUGAUGAGCUGUAAUAAUUGCUUUUGCAAGGCUUAUAAAAUGAUUGUAUGCGCAGCUUCAGCGAUUUUGCAAGUCCAUGAUGCUACUCAUGAACAGUGGAAACUCACCAAACGAAUCCCUACUGUCAUUUCUUCAGAGUACCUCUUGCUCGAUUGGAAGCCAUGUAAAAACAUUAGAAUCCAACAAAGAGUAGAAAAAGAGCCUAUGCUGCAUAACAAUAGUCAUGAAACAAAAAUUGUUACAAGAUAA